AGAUUGUGGCAAACUUUUCUAACCGCUUCUGCCCUUGGAGCGUCCGGCCGGCCCUAAGGAACUGCACAGCCCCACACCUCAAGAGCCCCGGGGCUCCAAAAAAAUAAAAGACUUCCAGCCGCUUCUUUAGAGGAGGAACCACCGGCAGUGCCAGCUUUUGCAUGUUACAGCCCGGUUAGGUGAUACAGCUGUAGAGGAAAGGAAGACUUGUUUUCAUGACUUGCUUUGCAGUACCUGAAUAGUGAAAGCACAAUGGACGCUUUUUAGAGUUUUACAGAAAUUAUAAAAAAAAUUCUAGGAACAAGAACGUUGGACUUCGAGGAAUAACAGACUUUAGAAAGCCCAGAAAUUAGUCACUAAUAAAGCUGAUUUGGCCAUACAGCGUGAGAAUGAAUACUAUUGAGACAGCAAAGCUUGAAGAGCAUAUGGAGGGUCAAAACAAUGACACUUCUAACAGCUACUCACGACCUACUCUUUCAGUCAGUGAAGAGAACAAAAAUGGCACUAGCAAACCAAAGGGCUUGUCUAAUGGCUUGCGCAAAACAACAAAGAAAUAUCCUGACUACAUCCAGAUUGCUAUGCCUGCUGAGUCCAGGAACAAAUUUCCUCUGGAAUGGUGGAAAACAGGCAUUGCCUUUGUCUAUGCUCUCUUCAACUUGAUUCUAACAACUGUCAUGAUCACUGUGGUCCAUGAGAGAGUACCUCCAAAGGAGCUAAGCCCUCCCUUGCCUGACAAAUUUUUUGAUUACAUUGAUCGUGUGAAAUGGGCUUUUUCUGUAUCAGAAAUAAAUGGAAUGAUACUAGUUGGAUUAUGGAUAUUCCAAUGGUUGUUUCUUAGAUACAAAUCAAUAGUGGGACGGAGGUUCUUUUUUAUAAUAGGAACUUUGUAUCUAUACCGCUGUAUUACUAUGUAUGUUACCACCUUACCUGUGCCUGGGAUGCAUUUUCAGUGUGCACCAAAGUUGAAUGGAGAUUCUCAGGCAAAGGUUCAGAGGAUCCUGCGACUGAUUUCUGGUGGUGGUCUGUCCAUAACUGGAUCACACAUCCUAUGUGGAGACUUCCUGUUCAGUGGUCACACCGUGGUAUUAACGCUGAUCUACCUGUUCAUCAAAGAGUAUUCGCCACGCCAUUUCUGGUGGUAUCACUUAAUCUGCUGGCUAAUGAGCGCUGCUGGCAUAAUUUGCAUCCUUGUUGCUCAUGAACACUACACCGUGGAUGUCAUCAUUGCUUACUAUAUCACCACGCGGCUUUUCUGGUGGUAUCACUCAAUGGCUAAUGAAAAGACUUUAAAGGUCUCUUCGCAGACAAACUUUCUCUCUCGAGCCUGGUGGUAUCCAAUAUUUUAUUUCUUUGAGAAGAACGUGCAAGGCUCUGUUCCUUGUAGCUUUUCUUGGCCGAUAUCUUGGCCUCCCAGCUGCUUCAAGUCUUCAUGCAAAAAGUAUUCACGGGUUCAGAAGACAGGAGAGGACAAUGAAAAAUCUACCUGAAGAAAAGAAGGAAAGCAUCUGCUCUGUGGUCUUGGUUUUUUUCUUUUUCUUUUUUUACCAAAACAUUAAUGCUGUAACCAAAGUUCUUAAGAGGACUACACUGUAACUGAAGAAGUGGACCAAGCUUCUGUGCAAUUGAUUGGAAAGACAAUUAUAGACACACGUAUUGCCAUUUCAUAUGUUUUUCUAUCAUCAGGCUGUACAGACCUAUUCUACUCUUCAGUGCUCAUGGAAUGCACCACUGAUGGGAUUUAUUUUCUUUUUUUAUUAAAAGGAAAAAAAAAAUGGAGCAGGACUUUGCUUUACUAAUGAGAUAGAGGUGCCAAAGACCACAUUAACACUUUCAUUACUAACUAUCACUCAUGCACAGGAGCACCCAAAAAUCUCAUCUUCAGAGUUCUGGAGUGCAUAAGGGCAAAACCAUGCUAAAAUGUAAAGGCACGAUAUUGGCAUAUUGAGGUAUAUAUAAAAAAAAAAAAAUUGUGGGAAGUGGUUUGUUGCAUUAUUCUUGCUAAUGAAGGUAAGGCCUUUGCGUGACUGGUACAGCUGGAAGUGAGACUUGACUUUUUUUACACUCUGUGGGUAUGAAUAUCUUAAGGACCCUAAAAUACUACUUGCCACCAUUAUCUCCCAUAUAUUCUGCUAUAUACCAAUUUUUACUUUUUUUAUUAGUAAUUUUAUAUUUAAACUGUUGUGCUACCUGAUGACUUUGCAAAUUAGGAAUAGCUGCUAACAUCAGAGCUCAAGGAGCCUAAAAUUUUAUUUUUAAAGAGACACAGUUUCAAAGUCUAAAUCUUUAAUUGCAGUUUGGCCUUGUGUAUAUAGCUAUACAGUGCCUAUUGGUGUAUGUACAUGCAUAUACAGACAAAAGCACACACUGCUCUUCAGUAUGUGUUUAACUACACCAAACUACUUGCUGGAAAGAGUGAUCAUACAGUUCUUAAUUCAGGCAAAAGUCCUUACAGAUCUCACCUGCUUCAGGAAUGCAAGGUCAGGUCCAAAAUGGGGCUAUAUUUAAAAUAAACUUUUAAUUUUAGUAGCUAUCUCUUGCUGAAACUAUGUAGCAAGUUUGCUGGGGAGCCAUAGUUCUGCAUUGAAACGUUUUUUUUACUUGUUGGUACACAUUUCUGUGACUUAAAAAAAAAAAAAAACAAACCCAAAAAGUGCCAAGGUGAAUACCUUCAACAGUAGCAUUUCUUCAAUUAUUACCUAAAACCAUUUCAUAUUAAAUGACACUGUGGUAAAACUC